AUCUUUUCUCUAUUUAUAACCAGCAUUACAAACUCAUGUAGUAUACUGAGUCUUGAUCCAAGUAACUUCUCCGAUGGCUACUAAUCAGAUAAUGAUCGCGUUGCUUUUCAUUUUUGCGCUCCAUUUUAAUGUUGGUCUUUCGACGAGCCAGGUUCUCAAGGGCUCGGUGUCUUGUUUGGACUGCCGCAAGGAUUAUGAUCUCUCAGGCAUAAAGAUUGCAUUGAAGUGCAAGCAAGCAAAGAAGCUGACAACAACAUACACAAACACAAAUGGAUCUUUCGAAACUGCACUUCCAUCCGAUACUUCAGCAUCCACUAUUUCAUCAAACUGCCUAGCAACUGUCUUGGGUGGUCCAGAGCAGCUCUACACUAAACAAAAAAAUAUAUUCACCACCCUUGUCAAAAUUCAUGGCUAUGAAUCCUCUUACACCAUCUCCAACCCUCUGAGCUUCUACACAUCCUGCCCUCAAUCACACGGAAAAUGUGGUGCCACAAACUCCGGCACGGUGGAAUCAUCCAAGACCUUCGAACUGCCUCCUCCGGGAGAUUGGGGCUUACCUCCAGCUGCCAAUUACAUCCCUUUCUUUCCUAUUAUUGGUAUACCUUAGUCAUGUUGUUCUGUCAAUAUACUUAAAUAUGUAGGCAUCUCUGUACUGUAUUGAAUAAUGCAGAUACGGACAGUGCAUUUAUGUUGUGUGAUACAUUAUGUGUUUGUUUCGGAGAGAUUAAUUGAUUAUAAGUCAUAUUCGUCAUCUACUAAUUAUGUGUGUAAGUAGGUGAUCAAGUUUGUGUUUAGCAUAUGUAAAGCAAUUGUAUUAAAUUCAUGUUAUUCAAUACUCUGUAUCAUCAUUAUAUUUUUAUUA